AUGGAGACCCGUUCAAAAUGCUGUAUCUUAUUAGCAGUAGUGGUCUUUCUGAUUUUAGUAAUUGGCAAUAUUGUAUUCAUAUCCUUGUACGUUGGUAAAGAGGUAGGCCCACCAACAUGUCAGACUACGCAGGACAUCUGGACGUACAACCACACUGACCACGGCUCGGUGGUGGCCGACCUGAACGAGUCUGAAUACGAGUCGGUGAAGCUCUACAUGUUGGAGAGGUCAGGUCUGGACAUAUCAAACGCGGACAGCUCAAACCCCAACGUGAACUUUAUAUUUGUGAUCGAUUUAGCUCUCCCAAAAAAGGCUGACGUACUGCGCUUCUGGGAUGACAUCGACAAUGCCCCCAAGCCAGCAAGGCAAGCCUCUGUGGUGGUUUUCCACGGAGUGCACGGAUAUAUUAAGGAAUAUGUGGUGGGACCUCUUGGGUCAACUGUUGAAGCAAUGGGGCACAGAGAUGUGACGAUGGAAAAAUACGGCCAGCCCGAACUGGCAGUAACCAAGCGCCCCCUCAACGGCGGGGAAUUCUCCGCAAUGCUUACAUUCUUGUUCAUUGAAGUCUUCAUGAAAAUGCCCAAAAUUAUGAAAGAAAGUUUUGGCCAGCAACCACUCCUUCCGUUCGAGGGAAUGCCCCGUGGGCUGAAGCCUGGGGAUAGAGAAACAUGGAUAACCCUGUAUCGUUUCAUGAGGGGGUUGUAUCUGCAUCCAAUUGGUUUAGAGGUCCUGUUAAGCCACCCAAACACCAACGCGUCUCAGUGGUACUUGAAAAAACUGUGGUACAACGGACAGUAUUUUGACACCACCGAGGCUCUGAAGGAGGCAUACGACAAUGGCAAAGUAAAUAAAAUAGUUUACAAGGAGGCUUCGGACUAUGCUUCGUUAAAACCCCGAAGUAGACCAAAAGGUCUUAGUCCCUUGCAAACCUACCUUCAAGGUAAACGGUUCAGUGUAAAAAACAACCAGGUUAUGUACAUGGAUUGGAGUUUUGCAUUUGGACUGAGCGUAAGCACUGGCAUGCGAGCAUUUGACAUAAGGUUCAAGGGGGAGAGAAUAGCUUAUGAGAUCAGUGUGCAGGAGACAGUGGCCGUUUAUGGGUCCGCGUCCCCUACACUGAUGCUCACCAAGUUCAUCGAAAAUGGCAUUGGCAUUGGCCGCUUUGCGCUCGAGUUGGUGCGUGGGGUCGAUUGUCCGUAUGACGCAACCUACAUCGAUACCUAUCGUUCCCUUGACACGAGUACAGCGCAAAGAUUUCGUGAUUCAAUCUGCGUUUUCGAGCAUGACAUCGGUCGACCACUUCGCAGGCACCUGACUGACUUUUUCGUGAGAGACUACGGAGGGUUGGCCAACAGCGCUUUGAUAAUCAGAAGCAUCACUACCAUUGGCAAUUACGACUACGUCUGGGACUUCAUAUUUUAUCAGAACGGAGCAGUUGAAGCAAGAGUGCACGCCACUGGCUACAUCUCAUCGUCGUUUUUUGUCAACGAGGAUAGUUUGCGAUAUGGCCAUCAGGUCGCAGAAAACACAUUGGGGAACAUCCAUACUCACUUCAUUAACUUCAAAGUAGAUUUAGAUAUUUUGGGUGUCAAGAACGUGUUUCAGACCAAAGACAUGGCAUAUGAGGAGGUGUCUGUGCCCUGGAUGCCAGAGAGGAAAGCCAAGAUCCCUCGUCUCGUGGAGAACCAGCUGAAGACGGAACAAGAGGCUGCCCUCCGCCACGACCAGCCCAUACCUCGCUACCUGCACGUGGCCAGCAACCGCACCAACCGCUGGGGCCAUCCUCGCUCCUACAGGCUCCAGGUCAUCAGCUCUGCACCAGAUCACCUGCCCGAGAGCGAGCCGGAGGAGAGGGCAAUGUCUUGGGCAAGGUAUAAGUUGGCUAUCACCAAGCACAAAGACUCAGAGCAACAUAGCAGUAGCCUCUUCAAUCAGAAUGACAUCUUUCCGCCUGCAGUAGACUUCAGCAAGUUCAUUGCUGAUAAUGAGUCUAUUGAGAAUGAGGAUCUUGUCGCGUGGGUAACUACUGGGUUCUUGCACAUCCCCCAUGCUGAGGAUGUUCCCAACACAGUCACUGUGGGCAACGGCGGAGGUGUCCUCUUGAGACCACACAACUAUUUUGACGAGGACCCCUCCAUCAACUCUCCUGAUGGGGUGUUCUUCGAGCCCGGCUCUGAGCACAGCUGCGAGUACAACAAGAUGGCGUGCCUUAAAGAUGACGUCUGCGCCGCCUCUUUGGGCCCAUUCUCCUAUUCUGGCUUUGGAGGGUAGGAGCCAGGUAGAGGGAUGAGAAGUGGGACUGAAUAACCAGAGCCAGUAAUGUAAUGGGGCAGUGGUGGGGCCACAAGGACUGUGAAAUUGUAUUUUAAUUGAGGGAAGCCCAUGCUGUCUACCGUCCAGGGGGCCUACUGUAAGAUCCAAAAACAAUGAAUGGGUGUCAAUGGAGACACCUUUUCUGGACUCCCUUUUGUUGUUAAAAAUAUAUAUAUUUGGCCCCAUGGUAACUAAAUUGUGUGGGUGUGACUUCAUAAUUCAUUGCAAAUACAUUUGUAUUAUCCUUUAUUCCAAAGCAACUUUGAGUGGAGGAUGAAUGCUAGGCUCAGGUAACUCAGGGGAUUCCAGGGUAGAUACAAAGGGAUGCAGGUUUGGGUUAGGUAUAAAUUAGGAUGAACUUGCCCAGCAAGGAUUUGCGUGUGGAAAGCCAAGUUUACUAAAAUGUGUGUUUUGGAUAACAAUGAGGUGAACAAUGAAGUAUUUUUUGAUAAAAAUAUUGUACAUACUGUAUAAUUCUUGCUGAGCAUUUUUGUAUUGUUAA